UGAUCAGAUACGUUGCUUUCUGCUGCAAAAUCCCUGUAUAAUACGUGAGGAAAAAUAAUCACUUUUUGUGAUUCAAGCGAGACAGAGGGCGACAUGCUGGAAGGAAAAGCUAGGGUGAAGGAAACAGACAUGUCAGUGAAGAUGCAGAUCCAAGCCAUGGCUUGUGCUUCUCAAGCCCUUGAUGUCUAUGAUGUUUCUGAUUGUCUCUCGAUUGCUGCCCACAUCAAGAAGGAAUUUGAUAAGAUGCAUGGUGGUGGAUGGCAAUGUGUGGUGGGUUCAGGCUUUGGUUGUUUCUUUACUCAUACACAGGGGACUUUCAUCUAUUUUGCCCUGGAGUCCCUCAAUUUCCUUAUUUUCAAGACAGCUUCUUUUUCUUGAGCAUGCAUGUGAUGAUGAUGGUAGACGCUAGACAUGUAUGUAUAUGAAGCUGUUAGCUAGGUAGCUCUUUCUGUUUAAAUGGUAGAGGUAGAUUAGUACUUUUAACUUGUUAUUAGCUUUUCUCUGCAAUCUAUGGAGCAUCAACUACUUCAUGAAUGGAAGCAUCGAUGAUGCGCAAAGUAACUUGCAGGGCUGUGUCUUCUUAUUUUGUAAUUGGUUGCUUUUGCUUUGUGGAAAUAUAGAAGGAUUCUGAAUGUUAGAUAA